AAAGCAAAGUUAAUUAGCAUAGGAAAGCUGACUAAUGUGCUGAUGUCACCUCUUUCCAGUAGACGCUUACAUUUUGUCCCUGCCUGCCUUAAAGCAUGCAGGACUUUGUUCAGGAAUUUGCUGUCACUUACGGGAUGCACUGAAAGCUUUUUUGAGGGGGUUGGACUUUUUUCCUUUAUAAACACAGUCUGCAGAACCAACAGCUUCCUUAAAAGUAAUUGCCUUGGAUUUGUGUUGAACUGCUAACGUUGCUUUAGUGAAGCACAAAAUGCAUUUUAGGAACCUUAACUACAGUUUUGGUUCCCUAAUUGCCUAUGUGGCAGACAGCGAUGUCUUCAAUCAAAUUGAAAUGAGGGCCAAAUUUGAAUCUCUCUUUAGAACAUAUGACAAAGAUAUCACCUUUCAGUAUUUUAAGAGCUUCAAAAGAGUACGAAUAAACUUCAGCAACCCUUUAUCAGCAGCAGAUGCUAGAAUCCAGCUACAUAAAACAGAAUUUCUUGGAAAAGAAAUAAAACUGUAUUUUGCUCAGACUUUGCACAUUGGAAGCUCGCGUUUGGCUCCACCAAAACCAGACAAACAGUUUUUGAUUUCACCUCCAGCCUCUCCUCCUGUUGGCUGGAAACAAGUAGAAGAUGCUACACCAGUCAUUAACUAUGACCUUCUCUAUGCUAUCUCCAAGCUAGGGCCAGGAGAAAAAUAUGAACUCCAUGCUGCAACUGACACUACUCCCAGUGUUGUUGUCCACGUAUGUGAGAGUGACCAGGAAAAUGAAGUGGAGGAGGAAGAGGAAGGCACGAAGAAACCCAAACCGAAAAUUAUUCAGACAAGAAGGCCGGAGUAUACUCCUACUCAUUUAAGUUGAAGUGAUUCUAACUUUCAAGGGUUUCAAGUAGACGUAUACAAGAAAAAUGCUUACUAUGGAAGUGUCAGGUCACAAUUUUGGUGGCAGUGGCUGCAGCAGUAGUAGGAGAAAUUCCAAUGUAAUGUUACUCAGAAAAACACCGGAAGUUUCCUCAUUGUUUUUAAUGCUGCACAUUGGUUAAUAUGUAUGGAACCUAAAAUCAACUUCCAGGUCAGAGUUAAGGUGA